AUGCCUAAAGCCAGUCAAACACCCUCUAAAGCUAAAUCAUUAACCAAGGCUGAAGCAAAACCCAAAAUCUUGAAGUCCAAAUCGAAGAAAAAUGCCAAGCCUUUAAGAGAACCCACACCCACACCUGCUCUUUCUCAUUCGAUAUCCUCCACUAUACCUACCUCAUCCUCCCAUGUUCCUACUAUUCAUGUUGUUCCUAUCAUUCCCACCUCCACUGUAACCCGUCCUUCAAAAAGCACUACCCAUGCACCUGAGCUUCCUGCGAAAAAUAAAUCUAAGUCAACAAAGGGGGAAUCAGUAUCAGUCACUACUGAUCAGGCACCACAUCCUACUUCUAAGUUAGAUGUUUUGGUGUCUGCGAUAGAUGUUGCACCCCUAGAUACUCUCCCACCCACGAGUGAGAAGCCACCAGUGGAGAAAUUCCCUGUAGAAAAGGGUGCAUGGGAUCUGGGAAAGGAGAUAGAUCCAACGACUGUAGAGCAUGUGGUUGAGGGGGAAGGACGUAAAGAACCGGUGCAAAAGGAGGCUUCUGAUGGCCUUGAUUUUAGUUGGACCGAGGAGGAGGAAGAUGAUGAAGCUAGUGAAGAAGAAAAGAGAGAGAAUAAGGGAGUAUCUGGAGAUGAGAAGGAGAGUGAUAUAGAGGAUAAGACAGGUGAACAGGCUAAUGAUUCUACCGAAGAAGAAAAUCAGAGUGAAGAAGAGGAGGUUUCGGAAAGUGAGGGUGAGGAUCAAGAAAAGGUAAGUGAGAGUGAAGGAGGUGAUGAAGAGUGUGAGGAAGAAGAUGUGAAUGUGAGUGAGGAAUUUGAAGGUUCCAUGACAAUUGGAAACACUAUCAUAGCUCUUUUAGAAGAAAUUGGUGAAGAGAUAAGGGCUCAAGAACCGGGGUCUCUAUUAACUCCUUUCACUGGAGAUGAAGAAGUUAGCAGUGAUGAAGAUGAUAUGCUACUAUCUGAGGUAGGGAAGAAGUCCAGGAAGACCACUAUGAAAGCUGCAAAGUCAGCAGUCUCAACAAGGAAAUGA